AUGCAGUCCCCCAGAGCAGUGGGCAAGAAGCGAGGGCGGCCUCCACUCCAGCCAGCGCCCAUCAAAGUGGCUGUUCACAACCUCUACUCGGCACCAGCUGGUGCUUUGCCGGUCGUGAAGAUCCCAAAGAAGAGAGGGAGAAAACCCGGGUACAAGCUGAAGUCUCGUGUCCUGAUGACUCCCUUAGCAAUCUCUCCACCAAGAAGCACGCCAGAGCCGGAUAUUAGCUCAAUCCCCCAGGAUGCAGCUACGAUACCCAACUCGGCCACUCCACAGGCUCUCACAGUCUGCAUUUACGUCAACAAACAAGCGAACCUGGGGCCAUACCUUGACAGAAAAAAAGUGCAGCAGCUCCCAGAGCACUUUGGUCCCGAGCGACCGGCGGCGGCCCUGCAGCAGGCUGUGCAGGCCUGCAUUGACUGCGCGCUCCAGCAAAAGGCUGUCUUCUCCCUCGUCAAGCAGGGCUACGGAGGCGAGACAGUGUCAGUUUCAGCUUCUUUUGAGGGGAAGCAGCAUCUCCUGAGCCUGCUGGUAGUGAACAGCAUUGGGUACGUCCUGCGCUUCCUGAAGAAGCUUUGUCGCAGCCUCUUGUGUGACAAUCUCUUCAGCAACCAGCCUUUCCAGCAGUACAACACAGCGUCGGAAAACCCAGAGGUGUAUGAAAACAGACGGAUGGAGGCAG